GAGCUCUUUAUGUUCCCACUUUAUAAGUGGUAAAGCUACCACAUGGAGAAGGGGAGGACCUAUUUGAUACACAGCAUGUUAGCAGCAGAGCUGAAAAGUUUCUUCCUUUGGAUUUUCGGAGCGGAACCCAGGACACCAGGGUCUCCCCAGUUCUGAUGUUGACUUCUUUUGUGGUGUUUCCCUACUUCUCACCCAGCUGGGAUGCAAGCCAGGGGGAACAGCACAGGCUUUUGAAUGACUCUCUGCAUUGCAUCGGGGCGUCCUGGUGAGCAGGGUGACAUCAACACCAAGUGUCACCAUUGCAAUUCUGCUGUUGUGGCCACCACAGAACAAGAUAAUGCAACUGGAAUGCAAGACGUAUUCAAGAGACUAUGGCUCAAAAGAGGCGGGGCAAGGACUAGAGACUGAGUCUUCUGCCUCCCUGGUCCAUAAUCUGCAGGAGCUGCGGCGAAGUGCCUCAUUGGCCACCAAGGUCUUUAUCCAGAGAGACUACAGUGAUGGGACCAUCUGUCAGUUCCAGACCAAAUUCCCCCCGGAGCUGGACAGCCGGAUUGAGCGGCAGCUCUUUGAGGAGACCGUGAAGACCCUCAACAGCUUCUACGCGGAGGCGGAGAAGAUCGGGGGCAGCUCCUACCUUGAGGGCUGCCUGGCCUGUGCCACGGCCUACUUCAUCUUCCUCUGCAUGGAGACCCACUACGAGAAGGUUCUCAAGAAGAUCUCCCGCUACAUCCAGGAGCAGAACGAGAAGAUCUUUGCCCCUCGAGGCCUCCUGCUCACUGACCCCGUGGAGCGCGGGAUGCGGGUCAUCAGAAAAAUGAAGUCUUGGUGGGCAGCCGGCCCAGGAAUUGGGUUAUAGGCCUGCUCGCUCCACCUGGAAAAGUGUGGUCAAGGUGUACACACAGCCCACUCGCAGAGUAGAAGUGUUAAAAAAAUGUUUUUACUGGAAAAUUGAGAGGAAAACGAGGAAAGAAAACACAAAGACCGGAAUCUUCUGUUUACAA